AUGUCCCAACCUAGUGCCUAUACCGCAGGGCCUUCUUCACUUCCUCCGAGCUCCCAACCAGACCUCUCCUACGUCGCCGAUAUAUUUGAUCCCAACCUUGAUCCAAAUAUUGAUCCCAGUCUCUUCAACAGCCAACAGACUUCUAUCUCACUGAUAGAGUCCGAGUUCACUCAACCGGCUAUUCUUGAUUACUCUGUCAAACGCGUCGGCCCCGAUCGGAGAAAGCAGUUUAUCCUCUACGACGCGAUGAACAACGCGUCCAAAGCAAAGUUUAUCGAGUGGUGGCGUACCACAGUACGCGGCAGCAGUACUGAGACACAACAAAGGCUACGAUGGGAUGCAAAACACAUAUCAGAUGUCUGGGAGAACUUCAACCAGGUAGCACAUCAUAUUACAGGCGAACCUUUGGUUAUGUGUCGGACGUGUGGGGUUACAUGA